AGAACUUGGAAAGGUGGCUUCAAAAGAUUCCUCGCAUUUAGUACAAUUUGGUUAACCGGUGACGACUUAAGUCGGCCUAACCGAUAGCCAUUAUUCCUUAACGGAUAAGUAUUUAUAAUAAUUUCUCGUAAACCGAACGUAAAUCUAGUAAAAGUUAAUCGUCAUGGCGACAAUGGACAACAUUUCUGAAGAAAUUAAAGAAAAUGUGCAUCCAACAAACAUAACAGGGAACAGUAUAGGCAAGGAUGUGAAAUUUGCAAGUAUUACUCAUGUUGAAUCAAUAUCGGAGAAAAAACGGAAACGUAAUGUAAUCGAGGAUGCCAACGAGAGAAGGAAACGCCUUGAGAAGGAAGAUCAAGAACGCAAUUUGCGGGAACAACGUUAUAAACACUUACUCCAAUUGCUUGAUCGUAGUCAAAUUUAUUCAAAAUACCUUAUUAACAAGAUUGAAACAUCAAUUCAAAGUGGAGAAAACAAAAAGAAAAAUAAAAAUAUAACAAAAACUCCAGAUAAACCAAUUUCAAAAACACCACCAAAAAAAGGACAUUCAGAGGGUACCAGAUCUCCAAGAAAAGCUUUAAGUCCAAAAAUGAUAGAAGAAGAAUUAAAUAGAGACAAUGAACCUGAAACCACUUAUUCAGAUGAAAAUGAGAAAAACAUAAGACUGAAAUAUUUUGAAGGGAAGUUACGAGAUUAUCAAAGGGAAGGACUGCAGUGGCUUAUCGUGCUCUAUGAAAAUGGUUUGAAUGGCAUUUUAGCUGAUGAAAUGGGCCUCGGUAAAACAAUACAAAUUAUAGCUCUGAUAUCUCACCUUCUUGAGAAAAAGCAAGAAGGUCCUUUCCUAAUAGUUGUUCCACUCUCAACAUUACCAAAUUGGACAUCUGAAUUUAAACGGUUUGCACCAAAAGUGCCAGUAGUAGUAUUUUAUGGAAACAAACAAGAAAAACUGGCAUUACGUCAAUCAGUUAAACAAAAAGUUCAUGUUGAUGGUAAUUUUAAGACGCAACCUGUUGUAUUAACAACGUAUGAAACGCCUUUGUCGGAUCAAUACUUACAUACUCUGAAAUGGAGAUAUAUAAUUGUUGAUGAAGCACAACGAAUAAAAAACCAUGAGUGUUUGUUAAUUGCAACGCUGAAAUCAUUCCAGUCAAUGAAUCGGUUACUGAUAACAGGAACACCUCUUCAGAACAACUUAUCAGAGUUAUGGUCACUUUUAAAUUUUUUGUUACCUGAUAUUUUUAAUAAUUUGGCUGUAUUUGAAUCAUGGUUUGAUCCGAUAGAAUUACAGCAAGAUAUUGGAACUGAAAAAUUACUUAAACAAGAAGAAGAACAACACAUUAUACAGUUUCUACGUGAAAUUUUAAAACCCUUUAUGUUAAGACGAACAAAACUGGAUGUUUGUUUGGAUAUACCACCAAAGAAAGUGCUCAUAGUUUAUGCACCAAUUACCGAGUUACAACGUGAAUUGUAUACCGCUGUUUUACAGCGUGACAUGGAUUCUCUAAGUAUGAUAAACGUAAAGCCUCCUGAAGUGAACAUAAAUUCUGAACGACCCAAAAGACAAUGCAGACUAAAAAACAAAUACAGUUCUGAUUAUGUCGAUCCCUUUAGUGAUACUCCUUCCAAUUCAUCAUCAGAAUCGAUAAAUUUUACAGAAUAUGACACAAGUGCAGAGACCUGGAAAAAUAAUCUAGACGACAAAAAUAAUUUGGCUGCCUGGAAAAAUUUUGCUAAUAUUACGGAACGCAAUUAUCAAUUCUUCAUUCGAAUUCAGUUUCGUAAUCGAUUACCAAUGUAUAAAAAAAUUGUGAAUCACCCCUUUUUGGUUCAUUGUCCUCUUGAUGCAAGUGGUUUGCCGAAAAUUGACGAAGAAUUGGUUAAAGCAUCUGGAAAACUGUUGGUGCUGGAUGCCAUGCUGGCAAAACUGCAUUCACGCGGUCAUAAAGUUCUUUUAUUUUCAACCAUGACAACAUUAUUAGACAUAUUAGAAGACUAUCUUGAACUAAGACCUUACCAAUAUGUUAGACUGGAUGGCACCGUCAGCAUGAAAGACAGGGAAAACAGAAUAGAUAUUUUUAAUAAUGACCCAAGCGUGUUCCUCUUUUUGAUCUCCACAAGAGCUGGAGGUGUUGGCUUAAAUUUAACCGGAGCCGAUACGGUCGUUAUGUAUGAUAGUGAUUGGAACCCUCAAAUUGACAUACAAGCAAUGGCUAGAUGCCACAGAAUAGGGCAAACACGACCUGUGGUUGUUUAUAGGCUGUGCACGAAAGGAACAAUUGAUGAGAUAAUCCUUAAUCGAGCAGAAGGUAAACGUAAACUGGAAAAAGUCGUUAUAUCGGAGCGAAUAAAAGCGUCAACUAAAGAAGAUCUUUGGGAAUUAAAGACACUCUUAGACUCCAGUGAUUUCCAAGUUGUUAAAUCAGUUAAUGAUGUGUAUACCGAAGAGGAGCUUGACAAAAUUUUGGACAGAACUGAUUUAAUCGAGAAAGUCUCAGUCAAAACAGAAUGAAAAUAAUGUAAAAAUUCUGUUAGACAAAAGCUGAUAUUGAUUAGAAUGAAGGUUUAGUAGUUUUAAUUUAUUUUAUAUCAAUGACCGUUCCCAGUACUAAAAGUGUUUAAUUCCGUGAGAAUUGUCUAUAAAUUACAGUAUUAAUUUAUUAUAAUAAAUGCGUGUAUUAUGUAUUUUUUUAAUAAUGUACCAAUGAGCAUUCCUAAAAUACAAAAUUAUGUGUUAAUGAUGUAAAACGUGUUUAUUUUAAUUUUUCUUGUACUUAUUCAAUUUGAGUAAGCGUACGACAUUAAAUUGAUUUGAAACUGAAAUUAAGUAAGUCAGAAGCUCCUGCUGUAAUUAGUGAAAUCGACUAAAAAAACACGCCUAUUCAAUUCGAGCCACUUAUAGAGGGUUAUCUCUAGUUAUUGACAUAAGUCUAUGUUCAAACUUGUUUUUAAAAUUGUUAUUGGAUACAUUUUUACCAAAAAAUGACUGUCGCUUUUACCUAAAAGUGACUAUGUCUAAAAUAUUGCAUCUCCCUUUUGGACCGCUUUUAACUAGAUAUGCUAUCAAAAAUCAUGUCAACUAAGACACACUUGUCACUGUUU